AUGUUCCUGUUCUGCGUACUUACUCUUCUACUAAGUGUGCCAGUAGCACACAGUUCUCGUCAGUGUGCUUUUGAUAUCGAACAAGCAGAUCCAAUGUGUCGAGAUCAUUGUAAAUCAAUUAACUGUCAAAUAGGUUACUGUUCAGAAAGUGCAUGUCAAUGUUUGCAAUGCCGUGAUCCAUCGGGGAGAGACUAUUCAGAUGAAAGUCCAGUGCCGGCGCCAAGAAACGAAGAAGUUAAUGAUGGUGAAGAUGAAAGCAGAUCUGCUGCGCCAUCGUCGACAACAUUGGAAUAUGAGACUGACAACGACAACACUACAAUGCCAAUAGUCACAACAAUUUCAACGAACACGACCACGACUAGAUUGCCUACAGUUAGCACGACUGUGAUUGUUCAUUCGUUGAUUGCGCUAUGCAUUCUGCUGAGUGUUUCUUUAACAAUGACAUGGGUUUGGAUUUGUACUUCUGUACAUAAGAAGUCACUUAAAAAGUUGCUAUCAAAGAAAUCAAAACACAAAAAUCAAUUAAUUGCUGAUAGAAUGUCACUUAACUCGUAUGAAGAUAUCAAAAUAAACGAAAUUUGA